CAAGAAACUGGAGUCUACAAGAAACGCAAGCAAAUUUUGAUUUUGAUUCGUAUUUCAUGUUUGGCACUUGUUUAACGUUGUAAACACAGGUUGUAAAUCGAUGGUAAAUUGCUUUAAACUGCUUUAAAUUAGAAAAGAGAAUUUUGUUAUCCAGGUAAAUUGUACUGAUCUUUUUCUAUUAGAAACAAUAAUGGAUAACAAAGACGAAGUAAUAGAUUUAAAAAAGUAAAUACUGUGAAAUCUAAUGUUACAGCCCAACAGAUACUGCCUUUCUUGCGCUGGGGGUUAUACAGCCAUAUCAUAUCGUCAUGUUGAAAUCCCAUAGAGAAAACGAAUCAAUAAGUUUGGAACAUGUUAAACAAGAAAAUAUGAAUGGAUCAUCAGAUAACAAGUAUGAACUUCCAACAGAUACUGCUUUUAAUAAUGAAUCAAUAAGUGUGGAACAUGUUAAACAAGAAAAUAUUUCAGAAGAAAAUAUAAAUGGAUCAUCGGAUAACAAGUUUGAACUUCCAACCGAUACUGCUUUUAAUAAUGAAUCAAUAAGUGUGGAACAUGUUAAACAAGAAAAUAUUUCAGAAGAAAAUAUAAAUGGAUCAUCGGAUAACAAGUUUGAACUCCCAACAGAUACUGCUUUUAAUAAUGAAUCAAUAAGUGUGGAACAUGUUAAACAAGAAAAUAUUUCAGAAGAAAAUAUAAAAUCAUCGGAUAACAAGUUUGAACUCCCAACAGAUACUGCUUUUAAUAAUGAAUCAAUAAGUGUGGAACAUGUUAAACAAGAAAAUAUUUCAGAAGAAAAUAUAAAUGGAUCAUCGGAUAACAAGAUUGAACUAUCGCAAAAAGCUGAGAAAAAAGUCUGGAGAUGUGACAUGUGUGGCUAUCAAUCGCUAAAAAGGUCAAAUUUAUAUCAACACAAGAAAAUUCAUUUGGCACCUGAAAAACGAAAGAUAUUUGCUUGUAUAGACUGUGACAAGAAAUAUACAACAAAACAAAUGUUACAAUGUCACCUUGAGGAUUAUCAUACUGAUCCCAGGUCAAAGGAUGGACGGAAAAAUAUCCAUAAAUGUUCCAUUUGUGGCUACCAAACACGAAAUAUAUCAUAUUUUAAAACACACAAGCAAAUUCACUUGGCACCGGAAGAACGGACGUUAUUUGCUUGUAUACAUUGUGACAAGAAAUAUAAAACAAAACCAGCCUUAAAAUUACACAUUACGGCGAAUCAUAUUGAUUCCAGGUCAAAGGAUGAGCAGAAAAAUAUUCAUAAAUGUUCCAUUUGUUCCUACCAAACCCGAAAUAUAACAUGUUUGAAACAACACAAGCGAGUUCACUUGGCACUGGAAGAACGAAAGUUAUUUGAUUGUGUAAUGUGCGACAAAAAAUAUACAACAAAACAAAUGUUACAACGUCACUUUAAUCAUAAUCAUAUUGAUUCCGGAAAACCGACAAAACCAAAGUUAUUUGCUUGUAUACGCUGUGACAAGAAAUAUGCAUUAAAACAAAGCUUACAACGUCACCUUAAGUACAAUCAUAUUGAUUCCAGAUCAAAGGAUGGACAGAAAAAUAUCCAUAAAUGUUCCAUUUGUGGCUACCAAACACAAAAUAUAUCAUAUUUUAAUCAACACAAGAAAGUUCACUUGGCACGGGAAGAACGACAGUGGUUUCCUUGUGCGCAAUGUCACAAAAAAUAUACGUCAAAUCAGAGUUUACAAGAUCACAUCGAGGGUAGUCAUAUUGAUUCCAGAAAUGCCGAUUGUAUAUCUCCAACUGAUGAAGUCAUGUUAGAUUCUAUAAAAAUUGAAAUUGAUGAUGACGCCCUGCCUAUGGAUGACUUGAAAAAUGCUGAAUGUCUAUCUGCAACUAGCGAAAUAAAAUCAGAACAUUUUUUUAAAAUAGACCCUGAUGAUGUCGCCCCGGUUCUGAAUAAUGACAUGCACGUUGACUUAAAUGCUGAAUGUCUAUCUGCAACUAACGAAGUAAAAUCGGAACAUUUUUUUAAAACAGAGCCUGAUGAUGUCACCCCGUUUCUGAAUAAUGACAUGCACGAUGACUUUAAAAAUACGGAAUAUUUGUGUGUAAAUAAGGAAAUGAAAUUAGACGAUUUUAUAAAAAUGGAACCGGACGAUGACGUUGCCUUUUUGGAUGAAGAGUCGCGUUUUUAGGCGAAGAAAAUAUUCAUAACAAAAAAACCGUUUUUUAAUUGUUUAAUUUUAAUAUGUAAACCUAACUUUUAUAUGUUCAAGUUUUAUACAGACCGGACCACCGUAGUAGUAACAUAGGCAGAACUCGGACGAAUUAGUGUGUACCCGUCCGCCGGAUAAA